CGAGUGUCACCUCCGCCAUUUUAUAUUAUGUCGAUAUUAAAAGGUCGGGAUAAUUCUGGAGUGAGCGCAAAACGGGUGUCGCAAUGGGAGGUGCUGAUGCGGAAGUUUUCCGAAGCUCACAAGGAACACUAACAGUUUCCCUGGAUAUACCUCGGGUCCAGCGAUCAGUCAAGCAGUUCCCAACGGGGUCACAGUACGAGGGUACCUGGGACGUUCUGGGCAUGAGCGGAUAUGGAGUGUAUAAAUUUCCCAACGGCGUCAUAUACCAGGGUGAAUUUGAUGAUGGAUUAUUUCACGGAGAAGGAGAACUGAAGUACCCCAGCGGGGAAAUUAUUCGUGGCAAGUGGAAGAAAGGCGCUCUUAUUGAAAAGACACUUAUUUUUGCUGACGGAUUGGAGUAUGAUGAUAUCGAUUGGUCGUAUUGCAGAAUGCCUGACAGGAGAUUUACUAUCGAACAUAAGAACGGCCUACAACCAGCUGGCCAGUCUUACCUGACCCCAGAGCAACCAUCACGUGAAGUUCCCCAGGGUUAUUACGAUACUGGUGAUGGUUUCUAUGAUCCAAAGACGAGGGUCAUUUACAGUGUGCAUGACUUGACCGCUAUCAUAAGGUCCCCAUCGGUUCGUGAACAGCAAUGGAUUAUAGACAACUGCCGCUCCAAUCCUAUCCCAAAACUGGGUCCCCGCAAGGAUCUCUAUGAGGAGUGGGUGGAACCUAUGCUCCAUCUACCAAGCAACUCUCGGCAAGACUCAUUGCCGUUUAUGGAAACUUGCAAAUCAACUCCAUCCUUCGGACAGGAUUAUGAUUCCGUAUAUGAAUUUGGAACCUCUUGGAGAAAAACUUCAGAAGGAGCCUGGAAUAAGAGAUUUAUUAAUUUUGAAUCUACUGUCGACUAAAAAUAUACUCUGUAAAGAAACAUUUUACUCUAAUGUCGUGGAACAUUUUCAUUUCUUCUAUAAUAAUAUUGCGCUGAAUAGGCUGUUUGUUAGGUUAUGUUUAUCAAAAGUAUUCGAUCAUUAACAAAAUUGUGUCCGACAUUAUUUAAUUCCAAUAAAUAUUUUAUUAUUCCAUAGUUUUAAAAUAACUUUGUAUGAAAACACAAACAUU